GUUGAUGAGGGUUUGUCUGGUACUGAUAUUGUCUGAUACUGCAGCGUUUGGGAGCUUUCAAAUUUAUGUUAAUGGAGGAAGGAACUGGGUAGAAAACGUUUUGCAUACAUCUCUUUAUCUUAUCUACCAGCCUGAGAUGGAUGCCAAUCCCCCAUCCCCAGUCCCACAGCCCCCGCCUGUGCCUCCACCUCCCCCUCCCCUUCCACCUCAGCCGGACAGGUCCCAGUUGAAUGUGGGUAGUGCCUUUGUGGCUGCUACCGCUGCCAUGCGGGAGGAGAAAAUGAAAAGUGAAACCUCUGCAUCUGGCGACUUCCUCUCCCAAUCCUCGGAUGGCAUCUCUUCGGUUAGCAGGGCCCUGUCUGAAGAAGCCGAAAAAGCAGAGCAAGAAAUAAGCUUCAAAGAACAGGAAGAGAAGGCUAAGGCUGGAGACUCAAAGGCCCAGGCUGAGGUUGGCAAGUAUUACUUGCAGUUGGCCGAGCAGCAGGAUGAGGAGUUGAACAACUGCAAUGCAGUGAGCUGGCUGCUUCCAGCAGCAAAGCAAGGCCGGAGAGAGGCUGUUGAGCUCUUAAGAGCAUGCUUGGCGGAAAGAAAAGGCAUCACCACAGAGAAUGAAGAGGAAGUAAAGAAGCUGUGUUCAGAGACUGAGUUUGAACGCACUGUGAGGAAAGCAGCGCUGGUCAUGUACUGGAGAUUGAACCCCCAGAGGAAAAAGAAGGUAGCUGUGUCUGAAAUGCUGGAAAACGUUGAGGAAGUCAAUGCUGAUGAUGGUGUUGGAGCAGCUAAACCAGGGCCUGUACCGCCAUCUCUGCAGAAGCAGAGGAGAGUCCUGGAGCGGCUUGUUAGUAGUGAAUCCAGCAAGCAUGUUGCUCUAGAGGAUUUUGUUGAAGUUACUAAAAAAUAUGCAAUGGGCAUUAUCCCAUCGAACCUGUUCACAAGCAGCGAUGACAAAGACGACGAACUUGCGGGGAAGAAUCCUGAAGACCUGCCCCUAAGGCAGAAGAUUAUAAAAUAUCCUCUUCAUGCCAUAAUGGAGGUGAAAGAGCAUCUUAUUGACAUAGCCUCCAAGGCUGGCAUGCACUGGCUCAGUACCAUCAUCCCCACUCAUCACAUCAACGCUCUCAUUUUCUUUUUCAUCAUCAGCAAUUUAACCAUUGACUUUUUUGCCUUUGUUAUCCCUCUGGUUAUCUUCUACCUGUCCUUCGUUUCCAUGCUAAUCUGCACUCUGAAGGUCUUCCAGAACAGCAAGGCCUGGGACAACUUCAGAACGCUGACCGACUUACUGACCCGCUUCGAACCCAACCUCGACGUUGAGCAGGCUGAGACCAACUUUGGCUGGAAUCAUUUGGAACCGUACUUCCAUUUCAUGCUUUCGGUCUUCUUUGUGAUAUUUUCUUUCCCCAUUGCCAGCAAAGAAUGGAUCCCAUGCUCUGAGCUUGCUACCAUCGCCGUCUUUUUCACACUCGCAACUUAUAUGAGUCUGAGCUCUUUUGUGGAAACGUACACGAGAAGAGCUCUGCUGAUCGAAGUGGCCUCCUCUGUAUGUGCCAUGAUGAGAAACCUUCCAGAAAGCUGGGCUUUCCUCCGGUUCUUUGGAAAAACCUUUGUGUCCAUUCCUUUAGGCAACUUCAUUAUUCUAAACCUGAGCAUCCCAUGCUUGCUUUACAUGUACCUUUUCUACCUGUUCUUCAAAAUGGCCCAGUUAAGGCAAUUUAAGGGCACCUAUUGUUUCCUGGUUCCUUAUAUGGUGUGCUUCAUGUGGUGUGAGUUUUCUGUGGUGCUGCUGCAGCAUUCCACCGGCAUUGGCCUCAUCCGCACCUCCAUUGGGUAUUUCCUUUUCUUGUUUGCAUUGCCAAUCCUAAUGCUGGGGAUUGCCGUCAUGUUCGUUAUCCAGUUUAUUAAAUGGUUUAUCUCCCUGGAGUUUAUCAAGAUAGUUGUGACCUUGGUUCUGUGUGCCAUUCCCAUUUUUCUCCACCUGUGGACAAAGACCAGAAUAUCCGUGGUAGACGUGGUCAAAUCCCUGACCAGAAGUUCCAUUGUUAAACUUAUUCUGGUGUGGGUCUCUGCUAUCAUGCUCUUCUGUUGGAUCUACGUGUACAGGUCUGAAGGGAUGAAGGUAUACAACUCCACCUUGACCUGGCAGCAGUAUGGUUUCCUGUGUGGGCCACAUGCUUGGAAGGAUGCCAACAUGGCACGCACUCAGAUCCUGUGCAGCCAUCUGGAGGGUCACAGAGUUACCUGGACUGGGAGGUUUAAGUAUGUGCGAGUUACAGAGAUUGAGAACAGUGCAGAGUCCACCAUCAACCUGUUGCCCCUUAUCGUUGGAGAUUGGAUGAGGUGCCUGUACGGUGAAAUCUAUCCAACAUGUGACCCCCAGAAUGUCACUAAAGACGAAGAUGAGCUGUGCCAACUCAAGUUCCUUACAAAACACGAGUGCCACCUCAAAAGGUUUGAUCGCUACAAAUUUGAAAUAACUGUGGGCAUGCCCUAUAAAAAUAAGACUAUAGAGGAGGACGACGCCACCAAAGACAUAGUCCUGAAGGCCAGCAAUGAGUUUAAGAGAGUGCUGCUGACUCUGGGACACAGAAGCCUUGUGGAGUUCAGCACUAUCCUCGAGGGUCGGCUUGGCAGUAAAUGGCCGGUGUUUGAACUCAAAGCCAUCCGCUGCUUGAACUGCAUGUCCAAACUGGUUCCAGCUGGCAGGCAGUUCAAAAUAGAGUACAACUGGAGGAACACAGUGAAGACUGCAUUGAAAUUUGCGUUUGAUUUCUUCUUUGAUCCUUUCUUAUCUGCAAAAGCAUAGUGUUAUGAUAUGGUAUGCAGAUUUAAUGUACUACAGUAAGCUAUUUCAACACCUAUAUAUUUAAAACUACUGUAUAUGUAAGCAAGGCAUGGUUCCUCAACUUUGCAUGGAAUUGAUACUUACUUAGUUGACAAUGUUGUUAGCAGUGUCUUGUGUGGGACAUCAGAUCAUUAAAGCAGUUCUUAGUUGCUGUAUUUGGAAUCGAAUUGUAGUCAAGAUCAAUUCGGAGAACAAUGGGAGAGCACAUUCUUUAAUAAUGUUUUUAAAUACCCACAAUAUUAGUCACAUUUGUUAUAGCUUUGAAACACUUAGACAAUCUUUGCUUUAAUUGCUACUGUUUUUGGUUUACCAUGCAAUACUGCAAAGCUGUAUUUAUUGUCAUUGGCACAAGGUAGAAGCAGUGUGUGUAAAUAAUAUAAUAUUUUUUUUUAUAUAUAUAUAUAUAUAUAUAUAUAUAUAUAUAUAUAUAUAUAUAUAUAUAUAUAUAUAUAUAAUGGGUUGGAGCUUUUUGGUGAAAUGCAAGGUGACAGAACUUUACCUUCCUGUUGUCACAGAUAGGAUUUAUCCCAAUUUGCAGCCUGUACAAAAUUAUGCGGCCAAGGCUUUAACAAGAGCACAAAGAAAUAACAUAUUCCCCUGUGCUAGCAGCCCUACAUUGGCUCUCGGUGCAGUCUAGGUGGAUUUUAAGGUCCUACUCCUAACCUAUAAAUCUCUGAAUGGUCUGGCCUCAUCAUACUUAAGGGAUCAUUUAGACCCUUAUAUUCCUGGGUGGCAUCUCUGAUCUCAGGAUGCUGGGCUGCUUACUGUCCCAAGGGCUUUUAAGAGAAACGCAGGUGGUAGUGUUCAGCUGUAGGGUUGACGGGACCCAACAAUGCAUCAUGUACAACGUCAGAAAAGAUCAUGCUUCCACUUCUACUUGUUUUUGUUUAAAUAAUUGGGUGGGUGGGUUGAUUGUAAUAUAUUGAUUGAUCUAGGAGAUCAUUGGGAUUGAGUUGCAUAUUUUGUGUUUUAAUGAUCACUUGCUGAAGUGCCUUUUCAUUUUUCUGCCUUAUUCUGUAGGUCAGUUAAUGUUAAACCUGCCUUAUGAUGUUUUGUGCAUUUACUGACCUUACUGUAUCUCCCCACUGUGAAUAAUAAAUAUUUAUAUCCAUGAA